AUGGACCUACACGGCGUGCUUCUCAAAAUGAUGGACAACGUUGUCGGCCCCAGACUACGAUCUUUGUACAGGGUCAUUGUGCCGGAAAAGAAUAUGCUGCCGUCUGAGGCUUUUCUGAAAGAGUCACAGGCCGGAAUUUUGGAGCAUGAGACGACAAAGUCGCAUACGGGAGAUCCGACUGUCAUGAGCCAGCUGACAAGAUGGAUGGAGGCAUGCAAGUCUCAUCCUCGAUGCUCGUCAAACACUGUCACUCGCCACCUUCCGACUCGUCUCAUCGACUUGAGUCCCCCUACCGGCAUCGACAUGUUCCGGGUGUGGUCCACUACUGAGGACUCACAUGUCCCAUACUGCACCCUGAGCCACUGUUCGGGUGACGGUAAAGGCAUUUUGAAGCUGGAGAAGAGCACCUUCGAGAGCCUGUACGCUGGUAGAAGGAAGGCCGCCUUGCCACUUACCUUCCGGCAAGCCAUGACAGUCUGUCUAGAACUAGGGAUUCGCCACAUAUGGAUUGACAGUCUCUGCAUCAUCCAGGAUGAUACGUCGAAUUGGGAGUCAGAAUCACAGAGAAUGAGCGACAUCUACGCCAAUGCCCAAUGCAAUAUUGCCGCAACCGCCAACGCACAUGCUCACCUGCGCCUAUUCCGAGAGCGAAGCCUCAACGUCAUACGGCCAAUGCAAGUCGACAUUUCUGCAAAACCACAUGGAUCGCUCGACCUGCCGGCUGGAAGAUAUAGCUUGUUUGAUCUUCAGCUCUGGAGCUCCAAUGUCAAGGAUUAG